AUGCAAGACACCCCUGUGGCUGCACGUCUCAUGUCGGGUGCCGGCAUGGGCAGUGUAGGAGACGUAUGUAUUCAUGGCCUGCUUUUCCGUGAGCACGGGAGGCUCUCGGUGCUCGAUUCGCGCGAUUUGAGUCUGUUCCUUCGGACUUCCUUUGCCAUACGACGAAAUGUAGCCCUUUAUCCUAACAUCGAGCAUCUGCACCUUUUCGGCCGCAAUGUUGCGCGUGACCACAUCGCUGACGGUGUGGCUAUUUGUUUGCAAAAAGGACUUCCGUUUGGUGCAGACCAUGCAGACGGAUUUCGGCAACAGCAAGAAUUUCUCCGUGAGUCUCUGCGGCAGCAGCGCGAUGAGCAGCGGGUACCUAAGCAGCAGGUCUUUGACCCAUCGCGCUGA